AUGUUUGAGGAAAUUGGCAAUGGACAUUUUGGGAUUGUCAGGAGAGGCAAAAUACUCUCCACAUCAACCCCAGUUGCUCUUAAGGAAUUGAAACCCUAUUCGACAGCAGUGGAGAAAAUGGAUUUUCUUUUAGAAGCUAUAACAUUAUGGGACAUAGCUGCAAGGAACUGCUUAAUAUCACGACGUGAAAGCCAAGUGGUUGUGAAAAUAGCCGAUUUUGGAAUGGCAAGGGAUGUCACCAUGGCUUUCGGGGUACUUAUGUGGGAGAUUUACACGGGAGCUCAGUUGCCUUACGGCGAUUUCACGAUUGAUGCUGUGAUGAAUCACAUCAUUCAGGGAGGAAAACUGGACAAACCUACGAAAUGUUCUAACGAUGU